UGGCUUUGGGUCCAUUUUGGGUGGCUUUGGGUCCAUUUUUGACCCAUUUUCGCCCAUUUUUCACCCAUUUUGGGGUCCCCGCUCAGGACCCCCGCACGCGGGCCGCCCUGGCCUUCGGGGUGCCCGGGGGUCCCCCUCCCCACCGCCUGCUCACCGUGGUGCACGGCCCCGACCUCGUCAGCCUCGGCUUCCUCACGCUGGUGGCCGUGCGGGACGGCGAGGCCCAGGGCGCCGCCAUCCCCCUGGAGCUGUUCCCCUUCGAGACCUUCCGGCGCUUCCUGAGCAAACUCUGCCUGAGGCCGGAGCUGGACAAGAUCCUGCUGGAGAUCGGGGCCGCGGGGAAGCCGUACGUGAGCCGGGAGCAGCUGCGGGAUUUCGUCAACUCCCGGCAGAGAGACCCCAGACUCAACGAGGUGCUGUUCCCCCCGCUGGGCCCCGCGGGGGCGCAGGCCCUCAUCGACCGCUACGAACCAAACAGGACCUUCCGGGAGUGGG